AUGACGCCGUUUAACUAUGCAUUGCGAGCAGUUCGGAGAGGUGCACGAAGGUAUAUAAGCGCCGGGCGUGGUACCGACCAGCCUGAAAGCCCACUCCGCCGUCUAGUGCGCGAUGCCAGCGCUUUCGGCGAAACAAAUCCUCAAGAUGGUGAUUUGGCCUGGGCCACACAACCUUAUGCAGUCAGUGACCCAUUACGACCGCCAACGCCUGAGCCCGCCGACCCCCGUGACUCCACUAUUUUGUUGUUUCCGGGCCAAGGCUCUCAAUAUGUCGGCAUGGGAAAAUGUCUGGAUGCAAUUCCUACUGCAAUGGAAUUAUAUGAGCUUGCAUCUUCUAUAGUGGGAUGGGACGUGGUGAGAGUCUGCCGAGAGGGGCCCACAGAGGAGCUGGCGCGACGUUGCCAGACUGCAGUGCUAGUGACGUCGUUGGCCGCCAUUGAACUCGCUCGCGAAACACGGCGAGGCGCCCUCGAACGCGUGCGGGCGGUGGCCGGUUUUUCGCUCGGCGAAGUAGCCGCGUUCGUGUUUGCGGGCGUGCUGCCGUUGGAACAGGCACUGAGGCUGACGGAGCUUCGCGCCGAGGCUAUGGCUGCGGCGGCGAGGGAGCGGGCGGGCGGAAUGCUCACCGUGUGGCUGGCGCCCGACGCGCGACUUCCCGCGCUUCUUCGCUCCGCCCGCGACCAGGCGGUGUCGCCGGCGCUGCCGGAUCCCGUGUGUCAAGUCGCCAAUUAUCUCUACCCCGGCUGUAAAGUGAUAGCUGGAGAUGAGCAGGCUUUGCGGUGGGUGGAACGCGAGGGCAGAGCUUGGGGCGUGCGCCGAAGCGCCAGAGUGGGCGUGGCUGGCGCCUUCCACACGCCGCUCAUGGCGCGCGCCGAGGCCGUCGUGCGCAGCGCACUGGAGCACUGCACCGUAGCCGCGCCACGCGUGACCGUGGUGUCGGGCGUGGACGGAAAGGCGGUCUCCGGCGGCGCCGGCGCCCGUCGCCGGCUCGAGCGCUUCACGGCCGCGCCCGUGCGCUGGGAGCAAACGCUGCACGCGCUGUACGCGAGGCCGCCCGACACGCCUCAGCCGCUCACUCUGGCCUUGGGCCCGGGCCGCGCGCUGCGCGCCACGCUCAAACAGGUCAACGCGCGCGCCUGGGACGCUUGCGUCCACGUCGACGUGUAG